AUGCUCCUGAUUAACUUGUGUUGUUCUCUUUUUGCUUUAGACCUGAAAGAGAAAAGUGAAGAACUAAAGGAAGUGGAAGACAAAGAUCAGUAUGAGAAACAUGAUUUUACUGGAGAAAGUUUGUUUAGUUGCUCACAAACUAAACAGAAUUCACAAAAGAGAGCUCAAAAGACAGGACAUUUCAUCUGCCAACAAUGUGGAAAGAGUUUCACUAAAAAAGAAACCCUUAAAGUCCACAUGAGAAUUCACACCGGAGAGAAGCCUUACACCUGCCAACAGUGUGGAAAAAGUUUCAUUAAAAGUGGAACACUUCAAAGGCACGUUAGAAUUCACACUGGAGAGAAACCUUACACCUGCCAACAGUGUGGAAAGAGUUUUACUGAUAGAGGAAACCAUAAUGUUCACAUGAGAAUUCACACCGGAGAGAAGCCUUACACCUGCAAACUGUGUGGAAAUAAUUUCAAUCGAAAAGGAAGCCUCGAUAGCCACAUGAGAAUUCAUACUGGAGAGAAAUCUUACACCUGCCAACAGUGUAGAAAGAGUUUUAGUCAAAAAGGAAACCUCAAAGUUCACAUGAGUGUUCACACUGGAGAGAGCCUUUUCAACUGCCAUCAAUGUGGUAAAAGUUUCACUAUAAAGGGAAACCUUGAAGUCCACAUGAGAAUUCACAAUGGAGAAAAGCCGUUCAUAUGCCCGAAGUGUGGAAAGAGUUUCUGUCAAAAAGGAAACCUCAAAGGCCACAUGAGUGUUCACACUGGUGAGAAAUGUGAAGAACUAAAUGAAAUGGAAGACAAAGAUCAGUCUGAGAAACAUGAUUUUACUGGAGAAAGUUUUAAUUGCUCACAAACUGAACAGGCAACACAAAAGAGAGCUCAAAAGACAGGAGCUAGAAGUCAUUUCAUCUGCCAACAAUGUGGAAAGAGUUUCACUAAAAAAGAAACCCUUAAAGUCCACAUGAAAAUUCACACCGGAGAGAAGUCUUACACCUGCCAACAGUGUGGAAAAAGUUUCAUUGACAAUGGAACCCUUCAAAGGCACAUGAGAAUUCACACUGGAGAGAAACCUUACACCUGCCAACAGUGUGGAAAGAGUUUUACUGAUAGAGGAAACCGUAAUGUUCACAUGAGAAUUCACACCGGAGAGAAGCCUUAUACCUGCAAAUGGUGUGGAAACUCUUUCAUUCAAAAAGGAUGCCUAGAGAGCCACAUGAGAAUUCACAAUGGAGAAAAGCCGUACAUAUGCCCUAAGUGUGGAAAGAGUUUCUGUCAAAAAGGAAACCUCAAAGGCCACAUGAGUGUUCACACUGGUGAGAAAUGUGAAGAACUAAAUUAAAUGGAAGACAAAGAUCAGUCUGAGAAACAUGAUUUUACUGGAGAAAGUUUUAGUUGCUCACAAACUGAACAGGCAACACAAAAGAGAGCUCAAAAGACAGGAGCUAGAAGUCAUUUCAUCUGCCAACAAUGUGGAAAGAGUUUCACUAAAAAAGAAACCCUUAAAGUCCACAUGAAAAUUCACACCGGAGAGAAGCCUUACACCUGCCAACAGUGUGGAAAAAGUUUCAUUGAUAAUGGAACCCUUCAAAGGCACAUGGGAAUUCACACUGGAGAGAAACCUUACACCUGCCAACAGUGUGGAAAGAGUUUUAGUCACAAAGGAAACCUCAAAGUCCACAUGAGUGCUCACACUGGAGAGAGUCUUUUCAACUGCCAACAAUGUGGUAAAAGUUUCACUAUAAAUGGAAACCGUGAAGUCCACAUGAGAAUUCACAAUGGAGAAAUGCCAUUCAUAUGCCCGAAGUGUGGAGUUUUUGUCACAAAGGAAACCUCAAAGGCCACAUGAGUGUUCACACUGUGGAAAAUCUGGCUCAGACCAAGCAAAUCUUGGGAUUAACAUUGAGAAUUCACGGUGAAGAGACCCCUUUCAUAUGCCAUCACUAAGUAAAGAUUUAGUUCUAAAGAAAACUUAACAGA